AUGACACAAAGGGGCGAUCCCAAGCGGCCUCUCUUCCUGAUCUCCCAGGAUGGCGCCGAGCUUUAUGUCACCGCCGCCAUCUUUGACAAGACUUACCUCGACUGGAUUACGAACGGCAGGAAGAAGCUUCCAAAUCACAAAUUCCUCCAAAUGAUGCAGUACGGGCCGUGGAAGUUGAGCAGAGCGGAGGAUAUGAAGGAAUUUGCGGUCAAUGCCCUAGCCAUUAUGCUAGCAGUCGACACUUAG